ACACCGCAGCGAACACAAAACGCACCAAUCGGCCCACGCGCCGCUCAUCCGCCUCCCCCGUUGCUAUCCCGUCUUUCUCGUCUCUAUACUCGCCAGGCUCUGUUCUUCUUCUCGUGUUCUUCCUCCGCGCGCCGAGAAGAUGGGGAAACGAUGGAUCCCGCUCGAGGCCAACCCCGACGUCAUGAACCAGUUCAUGUGGGGGCUGGGAGUCGCCGAGGGGGAUGUGCAGUUCUGCGACGUCUACGGCCUCGACGACGAGUUGCUCGCCAUGGUUCCCCAGCCCGUGCUCGCUGUCAUCUUCCUCUACCCGCUUACCUCCAAGGAUGAGAAGGUGGAGGAAUACGAUGCUUCUGCCACCUCGACGGCAGGGGGCAAGGAUUCAAGCAAGGUGUACUUUACAAAACAGACUGUUGGCAAUGCCUGCGGAACAAUUGGCGUUAUUCAUGCAAUAGGGAAUGCUGCAUCUAAUAUCAAGCUUGUUGAGGGAUCCUAUUUUGAUAGGUUUUAUAAACAAACAGCGGGUAUGGAUCCAGUCCAGCGUGCCGCUUUUCUCGAGGAGGAUGAUGAGAUGGAGGGUGCUCAUUCAAUCGCUGCUUCUGCUGGUGACACUGACGUCAAUGUUGACGUGAAUGAACAUUUUGUGUGUUUCUCUUGUGUUGAUGGUGAACUCUAUGAGCUUGAUGGGCGAAAAUCGAAGCCAAUUUCUCAUGGCCCUUCAUCACCUGAUACCUUGCUGCAGGAUGCUGCAAAAGUCAUCAAAGCCAGAAUUGCGACAAACCCUGACUCUAUGAACUUCAAUGUCAUGGCUCUUUCAAAACAGUGAUUUAAACUGGACUGGAUAGUGUUGAUCUUUCCUUAGUCCGUAUACUCCAAGGAGAAAGUAGAGACUUUGAUUGCCUAAACUUAAUUGUGCUUGUUGCACAAAUUUUAGAUCCAGUAACCUAUUAUGAUGUUUGAUAUACUCUCCUAGUAAUCGAGAUAGAACUGAUAUCGCAGAUUUAUGUUUUUCCUGGGUUUUGUACCGAAGAGUCGAAAGUCAAGAGUAUUUCCAGAGCAGUAAUUUGUUGUUUUUAUUUGUCGCAAAA